ACAUUUCCACGUCCAUGCCCAAGUAGUCUAUAAAAUAACCUCUCCUAGAAGAGUAACAACAUUCGUGCUUUUGAUCACUUGUCAACUACUUUUCGGGAGGUGCAGUCACUAUGAGUAAGAAUAACUUGGAAGAAUCGUCAAAGGGCUUGUUGUCCAAUUAUCAACUGGGGAGAUUCAAGCUAUCUCACAGGAUUGUAUUGGCUCCCAUGACCAGGUGCAGAGCAUUGGAUCACCUUCCGCAGGCAGCUCACAUAGAGUUUUACUCCCAGAGAGCAACUAAGGGAGGCUUUCUCAUCACUGAGGGUGUUGGUAUAGCAGAUAGUGCCUUUGGAUUUCCACACUGUCCUGGAAUAUAUACAGAAGAGCAAGUGGAAGCUUGGAAACCUGUAUCGAAGGCUGUUCAUGACAAGGGUGGUGUAAUUUUCUGUCAGCUUUGGCAUGUUGGUAGAGCUUCCCAUACCUGCUACCAAGCCGAUGAGAUGGCACCUGUUUCUGCCACAGGAAGGAAGAUUUCAGAUCACUGGACCAUUCUAAUGCCGGAUGCCUCAAAGGCCACUUUUUCCUGGCCCAGAGCCUUAAAUGCCAAAGAGAUUGAAUUAAUUAUUGAACAGUUCAGGAGAUCAGCCAGAAAUGCAAUUGAAGCAGGAUUCGACGGGGUAGAAAUUCACGGAGCUCACGGUUACCUGGUGGAUCAAUUCCUCAAAGACUCCAUUAAUGAUCGCACCGACGAAUACGGCGGUCCAGUCCACAACAGAUGCAGAUUUCUAUUCCGCAUAAUAGCUGCUAUUACAGAGGAAAUCGGAGGCGACAGGGUAGGCGUUCGAAUCUCCCCGCUGAUAAACCAUCUGGACGCAACAGACUCAGAUCCCCUGUCCCUCGCCCUAUACAUAAUCCAGCAGCUAAAUAACCUCCCUGCUCCGGGCCUGUGCUAUUUGCAUCUUACAUGCCCACGUUUUACAGCAGGCGGAGAUGUGGAAGACAAGGAAGAGUAUGCAAAUUAUCAUUCCUGUAUUCGGAAGGCCUUCAGAGGAACCCUAAUUAGCAGUGGCGGAUACAGCAGGGAUUCUGGUAUGGCUGCCAUUGUUAAUGGUGAAGCAGACCUUGUUUCAUAUGGACGCUUGUUUCUUUCAAACCCCGAUUUACCUCUGAGAUUUGCUACUGCAGUCGCUCUCAAUGGCUAUGACAGGUCUACAUUUUAUACCCACCACCCUGUUGUGGGGUAUACUGAUUAUCCAUUUCUCAAUUAACCGCAUAAAAACCUAUAAUGGGUCUCCUUCAUAUUUGCCCAAAUUUAUAUGCCCUACUGUGGUUAGAGUGUGGCUUGGAAAGUAAUACUAAUGACCUGCUAAAGAUCUUUAGCACAAUGUGAAGAGCAGUUGUAAAUUUAAUUUAAUUAAUUUACUUUUAUUUUUUUUUAAUUUUUUUU